UGUGCAAUUACCUGAUUUUUUUUUUACAAAAAAUGAAAAACAUCUUUUUUUUUGUUUUUGUUUUGUCUUUUUCAAAGAGAAAACAAGAAACAUUGUUUGACGUUAUUGAACGAAUCCAAAAAUAGACAUGUUUUUAUGUUUUCACUUUUUUUUUGGGUAAAUAUUUUAUGUUUUCACUCUUCAUUCUCUCAAUUCACAUAAAAAGGGAAAUUGAAACCCGACUUUUGCCUACACCCAAUACUGUCCGGUUUUGAAAACCGAAAAACGGCGCGAAAAGGAAAUAAGAAGAAGGCAUGAAUCAAACUUCUCCUUCUUCAACCAACCAAUGUUUCGCGGUAACCUGAUUUCAACACACAGACGAAUUUCCUAUCACAAGAACUCUGCUUUCAGUAUAUUCACUGCCCCACUUGUUCCCUCACAGGACCCUCUUCUCUUCAACCCACAAGUUCCUAAUCAUUCUAUCCAACAAUUGCCUCAUUUGAACUCAUUGCAAAACCUGGGUGAUCGAUACAAGAACUCUCUGUCCCAAUUCUCCUCAUCAAUUCCACCCCAAAAAUCCAUUCAUGUUUUGCCAUGGAGUUCGGAAAUAUACGAAUUUCUCGUCCGCCAAUGUCAGUUUUCUUGUUGCCCUGAGGAUGCUAAACAGCUUCAUUUACAAAUUAUUAAAAUUGGGUUUGUGGGUGAUUUGUAUUUAUCGAAUACACUUAUUAAUUUAUAUGUUAGAACGGGUGAUAUGGUUUCUGCACGUAAUUUGUUCGACGAAAUGCUUACUAGGAAUUCUGUUACUUGGUCUUGUUUGAUCUCGGGUUAUACCCAAAAUGACAUGGCCAAUGAGGCAUGUGCUCUUUUCCGGGAAAUGAUCUGUGCGGGGUAUUUUCAUAGUCAUUAUUCUAUUUGUAGUGCUCUACGAGCUUGCCAGGUGUCAGGACCUUGUGGGCUUAAAUUUGGAUUGCAAAUUCAUGGUUUAAUUUCGAAAACCUGGUAUGCGUUUGAUGUAGUGGUUUGUAACGUAUUGAUUUCAAUGUAUUGGAAAUGUAUGGACUCUGCUGAUCAUGCUUGUCGUGUUUUUAAUGGGAUACGGAUGAAAAACUCUAUAUCGUGGAAUUCUAUUAUUUCAGUUUAUUCUCAGAGAGGUGAUGCAAAUUCUGCUUUUGAGCUGUUCUCUAACAUGCAAAAGGAGGGCAUGGGAUUUAGUUUCAAACCUAGUGAAUAUACUUUUGGCAGCUUAAUAACUGCAGCUUGUUCUUCUAUUGAUUCUGGUCUGUGUCUGCUUAAGCAGUUGCUUGCCAAAAUUAAAAAAUCAGGUUUCCUACAAGACCUGUAUGUGGGCAGUGCUUUGGUAAGUGGGUGUGCAAAGUUUGGUUUUCUUGAUGGUGCUAAGAAGAUUUUUGAGCAAAUGAGUGACAGGAAUGCGGUGUCCAUGAACGGAUUGAUGGUUGGUUUGGUGAGGCAAAAGCAGGGAGUAGAAGCAGCUGAGAUUUUUAUGGAGAUGAAAGACUUGAUUAGCAUAAACUCUGAUUCUUAUGUGAUUCUUUUGAGUGCUAUUGCUGAUUUUUGUGUGUUGGAAGAAGGGAGAAGAAAAGGUAGAGAGGUUCAUGCUCAUGUUAUCCGAACUGGCAUAAGUAAUUCCGUGGUUGCAGUUGGAAAUGGGCUAGUAAAUAUGUAUUCUAAAUGUGCUGCAAUUAAAGAUGCUUGUUCUGUUUUCAGACUCAUGGUUGAUAAGGAUUCGGUUUCCUGGAACUCCAUGAUCUCUGGUCUUGACCAGAAUGAGUGUUAUGAAGAUGCAGUCAUGAGCUUCCGAACAAUGAGGAGAAGUGGAUUAAUCUCUUCAAAUUUCACGUUGAUCAGUGCUUUGAGCUCAUGUGCAAGCUUGGGCUGGGUAAGGCUGGGAAAACAAUUACAUUGUGAAGGGUUUAAAUUGGGACUUGAUUUGGACGUUUCGGUUUCAAAUGCUCUUCUUGCACUAUAUGCAGAGACAGGGUAUAUCACUGAAUCUCAAGAAGUGUUCUUCUUGAUGCCGAAGUACGAUCAAGUUUCAUGGAAUUCUAUUAUUGGGGCACUUGCCGAUUCGGAGGCAUCUGUUUCCAAAGCUGUAAGUUAUUUCUUAGAGAUGAUGCGACAUGGAUGGAGUCUUAACAGAGUCACUUUUAUCAACAUUCUUGCAGCAGUCUCAUCUCUUUCACUUCUUGAACUGGGCCAUCAGAUUCAUGCUUUAGCUCUAAAAUACCGUCUCAUGGAUGACAGUGCUAUUGAGAAUGCACUUCUUUCUUGCUAUGGGAAGUGCGGAAAGAUGGAUGACUGUGAGAAAAUCUUUGCUAGAAUGUCUGAUAGGAGGGAUGAUGUGAGUUGGAAUUCCAUGAUUUCUGGAUAUAUACAUAAUGAGUUAUUACCCCAGGCCAUGGAUAUUGUGUGGCUUAUGUUGCAGCAGGGUCAGAGAUUAGACUGCUUCACAUUUGCUACUGUUCUUAGUGCAUGUGCCUCAGUUGCAACAUUGGAGCGUGGCAUGGAAGUUCAUGGUUGUGGUACUAGAGCUUGUUUGGAGUCCGAUGUCGUGGUUGGGAGUGCACUUGUUGACAUGUAUUCCAAAUGCGGAAGAAUAGAUUAUGCUUCAAGGUUUUUUGGGCUGAUGCCCACGAGGAAUGUAUAUUCUUGGAAUUCAAUGAUAUCUGGUUAUGCACGACAUGGACAUGGAGAGAAAGCUCUAGAAAUUUUUAAGAAAAUGAAGCUAGAGGGUCAAACUCCGGAUCAUGUCACCUUUGUUGGUGUCUUAUCAGCUUGUAGCCACGCGGGGUUUGUUGAACAAGGUUUUCAGCAUUUUCAUUCCAUGAGCAAAAGUUUUGGGUUGUCCCCUCGCAUGGAGCACUUCUCAUGUAUGGCGGAUCUCCUUGGGCGGGCGGGUGAACUUGAUAAGUUGGAGGACUUCAUCAAUAGAAUGCCGAUGAACCCUAGUGUUCUUAUUUGGAGGACAGUUCUAGGGGCUUGCUGUCGAGUAAAUGUUCGGAAAACAGAUUUAGGUAGGAGGGCUGCUGAAAUGCUUUUGGAGUUGGAACCUCAAAAUGCAGUGAACUAUGUUCUCCUUUCUAAUAUGUAUGCCUCUGGGGGGAAGUGGGAAGAUAUGGCGAAAGCGAGGGCUGCAAUGAGGGAAGCAGCAGUGAAGAAGGAAACUGGGUGUAGUUGGGUCACCAUGAUGGAUGGUGUUCAUACCUUUGUAGCUGGAGACAAAUCACAUCCAGAUAAUGAGGCUAUCUACGAAAAGCUUAGGGAACUGCACAGAAAAAUGAGGGAUGCCGGAUAUGUGCCUCAGACAAAAUUUGCCCUAUAUGAUCUUGAACUAGAGAACAAGGAAGAACUCCUGAGCUAUCACAGUGAGAAACUUGCAAUUGCAUUUGUUCUCACUCGCAAAUCAUCAUUGCCUAUAAGAAUAAUGAAAAAUCUGAGAGUUUGUGGGGACUGUCACUCUGCCUUUAAAUAUAUCUCAAAGAUUGUGGGUCGACAAAUAGUAUUACGAGAUUCAAACCGAUUCCAUCAUUUUGUUGAUGGUAAGUGUUCAUGUGGAGAUUACUGGUGAUUGAACCAGCACUGCUAUUUUAGAAGGCAGACGUGUUUACGAGUGGAAUAGAUUCGGCAUACAACUUCUUACAUACGCUGAAAGAAUUAGAUGGUGGUAGGAACUAGGAACUGAGCCAUGGGUUUAUCCUUCCCCUAAUUUAGUAUUACGAGGACUUGGGCAAGACUAGCUGAGAUCAAGCAUCUUGGAAAGAAAAUUACUUUGUGCUGACAGAUUUGUACUGACCCUAUCUCGGACUAAUUUAUGGAAUGUGCAUGAAUUGGAAAACGUUGACAUGGAAGGGCAGCGAGACAAGAAGAGACAAAUGAAACACAUUAUUGGGAAUGCUACAGAAGCACUGAGAAUACAGGAUCAGAGAAGCUUGUCAAAGAUGGUCUAUGCCUUCUGCAACAAAGAUCAGUAGCUGCACCAAGAAGGAAUGAUUCAAUUUUAUUUUAAAGGCGCUUCCAAACUUCCAAAGGCUGGGGAAAGGUCAGAGGAAUUUUUGUUCAGAUUGCGAGAAAAGACAUUGACCCGUUGUCAUGUUAGAAAACAUUUGGCAGAUGGAACAGAAUUGUGAAAAAGAAGUGUAACCGGAACACUGAACAAGGCUCCACUGAGUUGAGUUUGUUUGUCCAGCAUAUAUGGAAACUGUCAUGGGGUAGCCUAUAACAACUUUUCUGAUGUUAUUUAUUUUAGUAUCAUGUCACACCUUGAGCUGAUAUAGGAAGUGUAAAUGACAUCGAUUUGCCAUAUAUUUUGAAGCAUGUAUCACUAUAUAUAUAUAAUAUUUCAAGAAAUAGUCUUGGACUAAUCUUUGACAUGGUGAUACAUAU